UGUAUCAAUCUUUGUAUGCGGUGGGUGAAACUGAAAGAACCAAAAAGACUAAAAUCACUGGAGUUUAGUUUUGGGUGUUAGAACACAAAAAUUAAUGGAAGCUCUAUUAUCAGCAAUUCUGGGAGUGAUAAUAGUGGUAACAGUAUACAUCUAUGUGAAGCUUGUUUCGCAGCCUAAGAGUCUAAGGUUGAUGCUGCAAACACAAGGAAUAGGAGGUCCUCCACCUUGUUCGACUUUGCUGGGUAAUAUCCCCCAAAUUAUCCAACUUAAAUCUCUAAUUCCUGCUAAUUAUCCUUCUGAACAAGUCAAACUUCAUCAUGAUUGGCCCUUGAUCCUAUUUCCUCACCUUGUCAGAUGGCAAAUUUUAUAUGGGCCAGUUUUCACAUAUUCAACUGGAAGAAUGCAGAUAUUGUGUAUAACAGACCCUAAUGUGGUGAAGGAAAUAAUCCUCUGCAGCUCCAUAGAUUUAGGAAAGCCUUCGUAUUUGUCAAAGGAGCGCGGUCCUUUGCUGGGUCAAGGUGUUAUUUCUUCAAGUGGUUCACUUUGGUCAUAUCAAAGGAAAAUCAUUGCUCCAGAGUUUUUCCCGAAUAAAGUUAAGGGCAUGUUUGGUUUGAUGGUGGAAUCGACAACCUCAAUGUUGAGUUCCUGGGAAGAUAGAGUAAGCAAAAGUGGUGGAACGGUAGAGAUGACAGUCGAAGAGGAUUUGAGAAGCUUAUCAGCUGAUAUAAUUUCAAAAGCUGCAUUUGGGAGCAGCUACUCUCAGGGGAAAGAUAUAUUCUCAAAGCUCAGGGAAAUUCAGAAGCUAAUGAGUCAAACUCUGCAUGUCGGGAUACCCUUUUCAAGAUAUAUGCCAACUAAAAACAAUAGGGAGGUAAAGAGAUUAGAAAAACAAGUCAAUUUGAUGAUAUUAAGGGUUGUCAAAGAACGAAUGGGAGCUGAAAGUGAGACAGAUUUCUUACAAAAGAUACUUGAAGGUGCUAGAAAAUGUGGUGUACAGGAUGACAUUACCUUGAAAAUAGAUGAGGAGAAGCUGAUCGUAGACAAUUGCAAGAACAUAUAUUUUGCUGGUCAGGAAACAACUGCUACUACAGUAGCAUGGAGCUUAAUAUUACUGGCUGCAUACCCUGAUUGGCAGAUUCAAGCUCGAGCUGAAGUACUUAAAGCUUUUGAAAAUGGGAUUUUAACUGCCAACGGUCUCAGAAAUAUGAAAGUGUUGACAAUGAUUAUCCAAGAGACGCUUCGUUUGUACCCACCAGCAGUAUUUGCGGUAAGAACAGCUCUACAAGAUGCCAGGCUAAAAGACAUACAAGUUCCAAAAGGAGUUGACAUCCAAGUUCCAAUAUCACUGUUGCACCAGAAUACAGAUCUUUGGGGGCCAGACGCGAAAGAAUUUAACCCGGAAAGAUUUGCCAAAGGAAUUGGAGCAGCAUGCAAAAUCCCACAAGGUUAUAUACCUUUCGGGUUUGGAGCUCGCACAUGUCUUGGCCAAAACUUCGCCAUGAUGGAACUUAAAGUCAUCUUAUCUCUCAUUCUCUCCAAAUUCAGCUUUUCGCUUUCACCAGCGUAUCAGCACAGCCCUGCAUUUAGGCUAGUUAUUGAGCCUGAACAUGGAGUUCAACUCCUCCUAAAAAGGGCUUGAGCUCAAGCUGGGGUGCUUGAAGUUUGCGGAGACAUGACUCCAGAUCCUAUCACGAUUACAGGAAAAGGAAUGUGAUACGAAGUGUUGCUUUCAUCCAUUACUGACUACCACUAAGAAUUUAUAUCCAAGACAGG